AAAUUAGCCUUCCGACCAAUGAUAGGGCUAGAAGAUUUUUAGCACGAAUUUUGUAUUUGUGAGUGUAUUCAGUUCGUUCGGUCGGUGGUUUUAUCGGAUGACAUAAUGAUGGAUGCUCUGGCAGUAGUGACCCAACUGCGGGAUCUAGCUUCCGAGCCUCAGAACCGCGAGGCUAUAGUUCAGGACCAGGGUUGUCUUCCUGGUCUCGUUCUGUUUUUAGACCACAAAGAUCCUAACGUCCUCCUCGCCACUCUUCAAACUCUGCGGUAUCUGGCAGAAUUGACACAAAAUAUAAGCACCAUGAAGAAUGAACUGGGCAUGAUGGUGAGCCUGGAAAACCUGAUGGAGAGAGGGGGUUUGACUGAUGACAUAACUGUCCUGGCCAAAGAUGUGUAUGACGUUCUUACCGGUCCAGUCAACACACAAACAUUCAGAACUCCAGCACAACAGCAGAGGAGAAACAAAUCCCAGUUCUUCAUCAACACCUCCAAUAAGAAGGCAAAAACAGUCACCUUACAAAUCGAGGGUCUAGAUGGAUUGGACAAGCGUGGCAUGUGUGAGGAGGCUUUACUGAAGGUCAAAGGGGUCAUCAGCUUCACAUUCCAGAUGGCCAUGAAGCGGUGCACCGUGCGCAUUCGUGCCGACUUGCCCACUGAGAGUCUUGCCACUGCUAUUGCAUCAACUAAAAUCCUGCAGGCCCAGCAGGUAGUGAAGAAUGAUACCGGGGAGGAGGUCCUGAUCCCUCUCAGCAUGUCCAGCACAGCCAUCCAGGAGAACUCCCAGGUGCCCGACUACCUCCCCGAGGACGAGAGUCCGGAGAAGGAGCUCGACCGCGCCGUGUCCCGGACCGGUGCCAAAGAGGAAGGCAGCAGCGGCUGGCUCAACACGGCCGCCAGCUUCCUCACCCGCUCCUUCUACUGGUAAAGGUUACCGGGGGAAGGUCACGGCGCUCGGGAAGCGAGCAACCGCUGCCUCUCAGGGGAAUGCUAAACAAAAUGGAUGACCACGAACGCUUCUGUUUCCACGUCAACCUGCACACUGUUCCUACACUCAGUGUGAGAAGGUGAUGGAGACUGCAUCCAAGUCAGUGCUUCUUUCAACACUUCCAGAUUCACGUCUUCAUUCUGGGUCGACACCUCCCUCCCUGCUAAAUGCUCUGCUGAGACACUGGGUCCUGAUGGAGAUGGGGUUGGCCAAGCCAGUGCCUCAUUCAACAUUGAUGCAACUCUUACUCUCUCCUGCAGGGUUGACAACGCCCAGAGCUGAAUAGUUAUUGGUCCUCAAAUUGGCCUCCCGCCCUCAUGAACUUUUGCUAGCUAGAUGCAUACUGAAAAAUGGCAUGCCAUGUGUAGGGACAGUGUUCAUGUUGAUGUUAGUUUGCCCGAGUUCUACUCAGACAAGUAGGGCUGUUUUUUCUGUACACCGAUUGAGCCUAGUCCUGGACUAAAAGUUUUUGUCAAUGGAAAUCUCUCUGCUGAAGUUCCCAGUUAGUCAUGGACUGACCUUCCUUAUUACAUGUAUUGGAGACCGACCCAUAGAGGGUUUGUUGAUGUUGAUUCAUCCACUGACUAACAGAAAUGUGGUUGCUUCUCACACAGUACUUCUGCAAAGCUCUUUGUUUGUUUUCUAUGUUUGUAUUUGUUCAGUUUAUAUGUCUGUACUAUUUUCUGUCCUGUUUCCCUGUUGUAACUGUUUUUUUUCAGUUGACUUGUAUAUAUUAAAAAAAACGGAAGUACAUUUUACUCUGUAAAAAUAACUUGUUCAGGUCAUUGUCUUCAGGAACAAUAUGUUUGGGUUGGAUAUUUUCUUGGAUCUAGGUACAAGAACAAAUUAGUUUUCUUGUAUUAGAAUUACAUGUACACUGUGGUUAAAUACAUAGGGGAAAUGAUUUGUGUAAAAAUGGUCCAAGUGCUAGAUUUGGUAGAAUGAUUGACUGAAACAUUAGCCUGCUUUUUUAUGUCCAGCAAAUGUAUGGGGCAAUAAAACUGGAUCUAAAGUUA